UAGUAAUAUAGUUGGUAGUCAUGACAGUAAUACAUGUUGCUUUGCACCGUCUACAUUCAUCGAUCGUUCCUUUUCAGGAAGUUUCAUAGAUUUUUUUAAUGAUGCCCGAAAUUUGCUGCAAAUAAUAAAUUAUUUUAAUAUUUCUAUAAAUUACAUCCUCUUCAUUUUUUAAUUGUAUGAAAAUAAACAUGACAACUGCAUUAUACCUGGAGCAUUAUUUAGACAGUUUGGAGCAUUUACCUAUUGAACUACAAAGAAACUUCACUUUGAUGAGAGAUCUCGAUGCCAGAGCACAAGGAUUAAUGAAAGACAUAGAUAAAUUAGCAGAUGAUUAUUUGAAAAAUAUGAAAAAAGAAUCUCCGGAAAAGAAGAAAGAACAGUUGACCCACAUUCAAAAUUUGUUCAAUAAAGCAAAAGAAUAUGGCGAUGACAAAGUUCAGUUGGCAAUACAAACAUAUGAAUUAGUAGACAAACAUAUUAGGAGACUAGAUUCAGAUUUGGCUAGAUUUGAAGCUGAGAUACAAGAUAAAGCAUUAAAUAGUAGUAGGGCACAAGAAGAGAAUAACGCUAGUAAAAAGGGUAGGAAAAAAUUGAAGGAGAAAGAGAAACGAAAGAAAGGAGCUGCAGGCACAAAUAGUGAAGAUGAGUCAAAAUCAGCUAGGAAAAAACAAAAGAAAGGAGGAUCUGUUGCCUCUGCUUCGUCAGCUGGGGCUGUUGGAAGUGGUGCUCAAGUAGACUCUACUGCACUUGGCCAUCCAGCAGAUGUUUUAGACAUGCCAGUAGAUCCUAAUGAACCAACUUAUUGUCUGUGUCAUCAAGUUUCUUAUGGAGAAAUGAUUGGUUGUGAUAAUCCAGACUGUCCUAUAGAAUGGUUCCACUUUGCAUGCGUUGGAUUAACUACAAAACCUAAAGGAAAAUGGUAUUGUCCAAAAUGUACACAAGAUAGGAAGAAGAAGUAAGUUCUAGAAAAUGCAUAAAUAUGUUCAUCUAUUUUAAAAUGAAAUAAAAGAUUUAUGCAUCAUUUCUAAAAUUAGGAUAUAACAUCAUUUCAUAGUUUAACAUGAAACGAAGUUUUAUUGUAUAAAAGUAAACAAAUAUUGUAAA